UCGCGGGGUGGGGUGGGGGGUUCGCUAUGUCGGAUGACGAUUCGAGGGCCAGCACCAGCUCCUCCUCAUCUUCGUCCUCCAACCAGCAGACCGAGAAAGAAGGCAGCACCCCCAAGAAGAAGGAGAGUAAAGUCAGCAUGAGCAAAAACUCGAAGCUCCUCUCCACCAGCGCCAAGAGGAUCCAGAAGGAGCUGGCAGACAUCACUUUAGACCCUCCGCCAAACUGCAGCGCUGGUCCCAAAGGUGACAACAUCUAUGAGUGGAGAUCAACCAUUCUGGGGCCUCCAGGGUCUGUGUAUGAGGGUGGAGUAUUCUUCCUCGACAUCACUUUUACACCAGAGUAUCCCUUUAAGCCUCCAAAGGUUACAUUUCGUACAAGAAUUUAUCACUGUAAUAUUAAUAGCCAAGGAGUUAUUUGCUUGGACAUAUUGAAAGACAACUGGAGCCCAGCACUAACCAUCUCGAAAGUCCUCCUCUCUAUCUGCUCACUCCUUACAGACUGCAAUCCUGCUGACCCUCUGGUGGGCAGUAUUGCCACUCAGUAUAUGACCAACAGAGCCGAGCACGACCGGAUGGCCAGACAGUGGACCAAGAGAUACGCUACAUAAACUGGGUUUUCACAGUUCUUAAAGGAUUUGUCUGUCACAGAAGAGAGCUGCUUAUGAUUUUGAAAGGGUGGGGGUGGGAGUUGGUAAAGAGUAGGGUAUUUCUAUAACAGAUAUUAUUCAGUCUUACUUCCCAGGAUUUUGUUGUAACUUAAGGUAUCUUGCUACAGUAGACAAACUGGUAAUAGUGACUUUUAGAGCUGUCCUUUGCAGAUUAGCUGACUUUUAGUACAACAGGAAAGAAUGCAUGUGUAGACACUUGUGUUCCAUUGAUUGUAGUCUACUGUACUUUCAAAAUCAGCUUAAAUUUGUAUAGGUUACACACACGGCCAUUUAUGUAAGGUCCUAUUUUCUUGUUCAAAAAAAAUUGGAAUUUGGUUUUUCCUUCUUAGAAGGAAACAAUGGUAUUUAAUAAGUUUGCAAAGAUGAGCUUGUUAGCUUGAAUAUGUGAAAUGGACACCUGGCGACAAGACACCAUGUAGGAAACGAGUAGUUAAUGUAUUUUAUAUGCAAAUUACUUCAAGGGUUGAAUCAGGAUUUGUGGAAACCUGUAGUGAAAUACCUUAAGCUGUUAACUGUAAGUGUGGAAUAGGAACUGUUCAGUCGAUUGGUUGAUUUAGACUUCUUAUGUCUGCAUUUGUUACUGUGCUAAUAAACAAUAUUAAGAACAA